GGAGUGAUGAGCCAAUGAAAGCGAGCGAUUCGAGUGACCGUAUUGAAUAAGUUAGUGAGCGAGAGACUGUGUUUUGUAAGAGAGCAACCGUGCUGGGCCGUGUGUGAACAACCAACCAAUUAGACCAGCCAUCUUGGAAAAAUUGAAAAAAGUUUUUCGUUCAGCAAAUUUCCUGAAUUCUGCAUCAAUGCUGUGAAUCAUUACCGCUGGCAAGGAAAAUCUGUGUGAUUUCGAAAUAAGUUAAGCUGAAAUCUGUGCCGUAGUUUGUGUUUUGUUUCCUGCAUUUACUUCACUGUUCGUAAUAAGAAGAAUAGUAAUCAAGAGUCGAAGGAAAGUGUAACCCGUCAAGAAAAGUGCAAUUUGCUGAAAAAUUGGACCAUCUGCUACGGUUGAAAAGCUGUGAAAAUUUUUAAUUUUGUGCUGAGAUUGUGUGGAACGAGAAAUUCGUAUAGUAAAAGAGUUUGCAGUAAGUGCGAAAAAGUGUACGAGAGGCUAAAAGCAGUACGUGUGUAAAACGUAUAACGAGUGUGGUAAUCGCUGCUGAGUGAAACUAAAUAUUUCGCAUACGAACAGAAUUUAAUGUUGAAAAGUUUCGAGGCUGCAUUUUACACGGUGGAUCACAGCCCAGCACAGUGCAACAGAACCCUGAGAAAAUGAGAAUAGAAGUCAAUUCAGCUGCAGAUUUUUUGAUGAAUUUGCUGCGAGUUAAAAAAGCGAGUCAACUUAGCGAGAGCCAGCUGCUGCAUUUCAAGGGAUCGCUCGAGCAAAUAUUGACGCGUCAUUUCCAACGUCAUUGGUACCCAGAGGUUCCUGCCAAAGGCUCUGGUUUUCGUUGUUUACGCAUCAAUGGAAAGAUGGAUCCGAUUAUCGAAAGGGCCGGUCAUGCGGUGGGAUUGAAUUCAGUGGCUCUUCGGAAGAUGCUUCCCCUCGAGCUGACGAUCUGGAUCGAUCCGAAUGAGGUUUCAUACCGUAUUGGCGAAAACGGUACCAUCUGCGUGCUGUACGAUCAGCAUUUGAGUCGUGCCAGUCCCUCGUCGGAUCUCGAUUCGACGGGUAGCAGUAGCUGUGAUGAAUUUAUUAUGGAGCGGGUGGGUCGGCUGGACCUUACGACGUCAUCCGAUAGUGGUACGAGCGUUUUGGUGGACUUGCUGGACGCCAACCCAUCGAAUCCGCUUGUAACACAGAACAAGCACAACAAGUACAACAACAAUCAUCAUGUUAAUCAUUACACGAAGCGUCAUAAUAAUAGCGUGAGCUCAUCGUCUAGUGGACAGGCUAGUCCACCGCUUAGUCCACCGUACAACGGUUACAACAAUAGCAACAACUUCAACAAUAGAUAUCAACAUAACAACCAACACAACUACUAUUCGUCAUCCGUUCAUCAGCAACAAUACUUCCCAUGGGACAACCAGUUUGUUAAUAAUAAAGUGCGCACCCAAUGCUAGAUACAACGUUGUCGUACCAGCUGACUUUACUCUCCUUACGCUAAGAGACCAUCUUUGAAAAUCCGUUAGAUUAACCAACCGUGCAUUCAUAUCAAAAGUUGUUUAGAAGCAUUGGUAGCAGCUUGAGAUUUCUUAAUGACACACAGCAUGGAGAGUGUAUUUUUGUGAUCAUCAGGCAGCCACAAUCGGAACAAGCAUAUGACAACUGACGGACGACUGUCGGCCAAACGGAGUUUGUUCGAGGACAACUUUUUAAUACGGUAACAAUAUCAACCGGCCAUCAACAGAGUAAUCGGCACACUUAAUUCUACGGUCUGUAAAGCAUUUUGAGAUCAACACUAAAUCUAUCUCUAGUUUUGUGAAAUCGUGUAAAAGUGUUGCUGGUUCGUUUAUUUUUUACAAAAAUACGAAAAACAAAACAAAAAAAAUGAAAAACGAAAACCCGGAAAUAAGUAAUCAUGAAAAUGGCAAAACGAAUAAUUGGAAUACUGAAACAGGAAUCUACAUAUAUAAUUAUCACAGAAAUAUAGCUUUGAAGCUGAAAGUUGUAAAAAAGGGAGAAAAAUUUCAUUUUUUACUCUCUCGUUAAUCCCAGCGCGUUCGAUUGGCCAUUUUGGGAGAAGCGAGGUAGUGAAAAAUUUGCCAAGUACGAGAAAAUGCUUUGAAGCAAAAACAGUUUUCUCCAAUUGCUUCUUCUUAACAAAAAUCGGAGUUCUAUGUUUCAUGCUCUACAUAGCUAGGAAAGUAGUCGAAGAUUUUGAGUGUAGAACGAUUGUAGGCAGGCAGAGUUUGUAGAGAAGAAAUUAAUACCAUCAGAGGAGUUAGGAAAGAACCAUAAAAUUACAGCACAAAAUGGUCGUGGUUAGCGAAGAGCCAACCGGCAACGAAGAACUUUAAGUGAGACGAGAAAAAAACAGUUCUUGCGGUGGUGAAUACGGGUAGGAAACGUAAUAUGCGAUAGGAGUUUAGCCUAUUUGUGCAUCUAUCGGGGGGCUCUGCAAACCAACGUUUUCUUUGCUUCAACUCUAGAUUAACAAUGCUGCUAACCAGUUACACAGUUCCCUCUGUUUCUGUUAUGCAACGGAAAUUGGAAUCGUUUAUUUCCCUUCUCUGCAGGGACGCUUUUUUGUGUUCUGAAUGAAGCGUUCUUUGAAGUCUGGAUCACCUGUUGUACUUUUUGGUUGUUGUCAUGAAUGUUUUUUUCGAUGAAUGACAAAGGGAAAAAUUUGAAGCAAAGGAACAAGACAAGGGAAGCAGAUGAUAAACAAGCUUGCACAGCCUUUGUCAAAUGUGCAGUGGCAAAUAUGGGGGAAAGAAGUAAGAAAAAGGUAAAUCAUUAGUAGAAAGCAGAGAAGCGAAAAAGGAGGAUCGAAAGCUAUAAAUUUUAAUUUUUGAAUUGUGCUUCGAAACCCAUCCCGUUCGAUAGAUGUGUGAGUGAAGAAGUGCCGUCUCGUCUCUGGUGGUUUUUGAUCCGACAAAGAGCAGACGAUAAUGAUCAUGGAUAUCGAAAAUUGCUGAGCUGUCUACCUUAGGCUGCGAAGAAACAAAAUUGCUUUAUAUUGUCGUGUAACAAAAGCUGAAACUAGUUUGUUGCUGCCGAUAGUAGCUGUACGUCUAUCCGUUUUGUUGAUGGCUAUUUUGAUGUGUAUGUGUGAGAUCACGGCGCACGUAAGAUAUACGUGACCAAAAUAAAGACCAAACGACGAACAUCUUGUUUUUAUUUUCCUUUGUCAUCCACGUACUUCCACCCCUUGCUUUGUUUUUUUAAUAGUCGAUACAGAUGGACAAGUUCUCGAGUUCUUGCAAGAGCUGCUUAAACCAUGCAUUUUAUCGUUUUUCCGCUGAAAUAAUUUGAAAUGUACUUUUUAUCUUUCUGUUUUUUGUUGAUCGUAUAACGCCUCCACCAUAACAACAAACGCCGUUUCAAGUAGGAUAUCAGACUGUUGUUUUUCCCGUAUAUCUUACGUUGCGUGAGCUACCAAUACCAUCAAGGCAAAGCUAGACGAGUUGUAUGAGUGUACACAUCGGCAACAGGGUAUGCAAUUGUAAGCGCUACCCGUUCGGCCAUCAAGUAGACUGAUCGAGUGGUUACCAAAGACACUCAUACACACGAAACAUUUGCAAAUGGCCACCACAGUUUGUAAACUCAAUCGUACGCUGUGACGUAAAAGGAAACGGGAGGUUUGCGAGAUGGGAAGUCUGCCAUUGGUAAUUCGCAACCUCUUAUGAGUCAUCUGUACGAAAUGAGGCGCUGUAUGUAGUAGCAGCGUAGCAGCACCAUUCGAUGUGUAGUGUAAUUGUCAAUUCGAACGUGGGCUGAUUUUGUACGACAUUUCCGGAUGGUUCGACGCUUCUCUGCGAUUGGGAAAAUUAGGAGAAUUAACUAGUAGUAAUACUAAUAAUAAUAAACAAUAAUCGUAAACAACACAAAGACCCACCGUCCAACAAUAUAAUCCUAUUUUGGAUGAUAACCAAGUGUGAUGUUGCGAAAUGACAACGUGCAACGCAACCUGACGUGGAAGAAAUCUUAUACAUUAUAUGUAUAUUUCAUAGUUUUUUUUAUUCGUCAAUAAUCUCCAUUUUCAAGAAUGGUUUAGGCUUUGUUUCCAGUGGCUAUUUCCUAAAUUUAAAUUUGAAGCUGUUGCACAUAUUGGAACCCGUUUCUAUGUGGUAGGAAUGGAAGGAAACGAUCGAUUGAAUCCUAGUCCUAGGAAGCAAAUGGUACACAGUUAACUAUUGUCAUACUUUAAUAGCUUUACAUGGUAAAUAAAAAAAUGCAUGUGAAAACAUACAUCCAAUAAACGAUCUCUGUUUGGGGCUAGGGAAGUAAGCAGUAAAACACAACAAGGAAAAGUUGCCUAAUUGCCUAAUGUUAUGGUCUAGAGUGUUUAAGACUUGAAGUGAUUUAUACGUUAGGUUUUCAUCGUGAUUCCCUUAGCUGUCAAUUGAUGGAUUACGGUACUAACUGAGAGAUUGAGUGAAUAUUAUUCUACGGCACAGCUUGCAAUUACAGUGUAUGCAUGCUGUCGGUAGAAAGUUUUGUAAUCUUUUAACCCGUUUAACGUGCAACGAUAGAAACUACCUAGUGGCGUCGUAUGUCCGUACCUUUCAGGGCAAUGGAAAUAUGUCAGAACCAGUUUAUGGUUCGUGUUUUUUUUUCGCUGCUGCUACCGUAUGCACACAGCCAGCUUGCUUGCAAGCCCCGCCGCAAUCUUUUGCGCCAGUCGCGCGUUGGCAGUGGCUUUAAUUGAUGAGGAAAUGCUAGGAAAUCGUGCCCGGGUUUACUGCUUUGCUCGUUUGAAACCGGGGUAAAGUGAGCCCCACACGACCAACAACGGCUACGUCGUCGAAUUAUUGAUUUCUUUCCCUGCGGUAACGACAACACAACCGUUUGUCUGGUUGAUUGGCUGGUAUCGUAUACGUCGCCAUAUUUGGACUUGCCAACGGAAAUGGUGCCAGAUGAACGAUUUCAGAUAAAGGUGAAAUCUAUGUUGGCGAUAGUGUUUUGCCAGUUACUAAGCACAGUAGCAUGUGCUGGAACGCUCUGGUUAUAAACUUUUUUCAUAGUAAUUAUCAACUAAAUGAAUCACAAUGUGAUGGAUUUGGCUAAAGAAAUUUUUUUUGAAGAUGUUCUAUCUUCAUUUCAUUUUCCAUCUUUGUCUGAAUUUCUAACUUUAUCAAGUUAAACUGACAAAGAGCAAAGCAAUGAUGACAAAUUUAUCAUUUUUAUAUUAAACAUUGAAAUUUACAUUGAUUUUCCUGCCAAUCAACCAAGCGAAACAUUUUCCUCGUCGUUUUUUUCACACUAUGUAAUCCCACUUGGAUUAAAUGUCAAAAUUAGCAUACCCGUUUGUGGAAAGUAGGAUUGAAAUUUUCGGACACUGCUCUGCAGGCAAUUCUACCGCAACGAGACAUCUUAAUGCACCAUGAUUAAACUUGUUAUUUCGAAAUAUGUUUGUUUUGUUUUCAAUUUUAGAUUGAGACGCUUUUUAAAAGCCAAAAAUUGCUAGUUUUUGAUUCGCUAUAAAUUAAAAUUGAAGCUACUCAAAAAGUGAAGUAAAAACUCAGUGGCUUAAAAUGUAUAAGCUCUUAUUCUGAGUAGUUUUGAGCCAAGAAGUCGGUAGCAAAUAGCCGGAAUACGACAAAUUCUUUACUCCAAACCUGAAUUAAAAAAGUUCAAAGGAUUCUGAGUAAUUUUAUUCAAGUUUUAAGGUAGUCGAACCUUUUUAUUGGUGGAAAUAUUUAACCCUGUUGCUAGCACGAGUUAUACAGCUUUUUACGAGCCAUAAUGGUGGACAUCAUAACCCGUUUUCGUAAUAUUUGAUCAACAUUUUUGACAUUUCUGUUUACAUCGAUCAUCUCUUUUCUGCUGGUUGCUUUAGUUUGCCCCGAGAACAUGCGGAAGGAAUGAGAAAUGACAAAAAUACUGUUCAAAUAACAUAAAAUGCGGAGUAUGCCGUCCGCCAUUAUAGCUCGUAAAAAGCUGGAUAACCUCACUGGAAGUGCACAUUUUAGAACGCAAUUUCAAACCUUGCUGUCUAACGUUACGGUUUAUGGCUUAAUCUGUAAAACUUCAAAAAUCGCUCAUAAAUUUCGGAUUUAAGUUACCAUAGUUAGCUCUGGUUUAUAAACAAAUUCGCUAUAAGAUUCGCGUUUUGUUCGUGUUGCUUAGAGUCGUUGCGGUUAGAGGUGUCCAAAAAUUUUAAUUAUUCGAUUAUCGAUUAAUCGUUAAGAAUUGCUUUCACUAAUUGAUAAACCUUUCGUGCUGAUAGUACUCGAUUAAAAAUAUAUUUGAAUAUUUUUCUAGUUAUUGGAUUAGUUAAAUUAAUCGAACAAUCCACGGAGCACUCUCGUUGCAAAUGUCGUAUAGCAACUAGCCGCGUUGUGUGUGGCGUGUGCUUGCGUAAAUUAGUAUUUUCUAACUGAUAAGAGUACUGUGUACGGGACGACGACGUCACUCAGCGUGGUACGAUUUAAACAAUAAAAUGAAAUUAAAGCUAAUGCGCCAUUCACGAGUAUCGUAUUUUGAGUAUACGUGUGCAAUUUAUUGUAUUCGCGUGGAUUGGCAUACAGGCACAUACAAUCUUAUUGACGUCAAUGUAGUGUGUUGUUUUUUUUUGUUACGGAUAUUCUCAGGUUCAGUGAGCAGCACAGACGGUACUAUGUUUCCAAGCGGUAGUUGCGCUGAGAAUCUGUUGUACGUACUGUGGGAACAGUGAUGCCGUUUAAUUAUUGUAAGAACUUACACUCUGAAAUUCACGGAUUAAAUUUUUAAUUGGACUGUAUCACGAAAUCGGUAACUGUGAACAUGCUUGCUUAUCAGUAAUAUUUUCCGUACAAUUUUAGCAGUUAACUACGAGUUUUGCUUGUAUAGAAGAGAAAAUUUAAUCAAUGAAUUAUCAGCUUAUUGUGUCAGUAUGUUAUCAGCUUGUCAUUUUUUACUCCUAAUAAGUUGUAGAAAAUAACCGUUCGUACACGUAAAAUCACACAUUCACACUAGCGCUAAUGUGAAAUAGAAUGCGAUAAAAAAUUUGCGUCUUAAGGAUGUCAGCGUUGUGUGACUACCACGCAGUAGAAUUUGACUUGCGUAUGAUUCGUAUACGGCGGUAAAAGUUUUAACUGCAAACUGUUGGUUAGAAGCUUAAACAGGUUCACUGUGAUAUGUUUAUCAGCAGUAAUCCUUUUUCUUGUCGUGAAGUUUUCUAUCUACGUGUUUGGUUAUUAUUUUCUUGAAAAUUUACCUUUUCAUAGGAACAUUUUCAUUCAAUAUUGAGAUUAUUAGCGCAAAUUUACUUAAAAUAACAUCAGCGAGGCACUUCAUACUGCCAUAAUAAUCUGUAAAAGAAAAUGGCUUUACUGAUUAACACACUCUUGCAAUCUUAGACCUUGUUGUGUUGGCUGUACCAAACUGACCUGCUUCAAAACAAAAUACAAGGCUUUUCCAUUUAUGGCAGCAUUCAUUUUCGAUUUUUUGCCGUUUCAGUAAUGUUUAAAAUAUUUUUUCGGAAUGUAUCUUCUAAUGUUCCUCAGCAUGUUGAUUCCUGCUACCAUUUUGAAAUUUAGGUUUGGACCAACCCAGGAUAUGUUUUCAUUAUUUGCCAAAAAAUGGAAAUGCCCUGUAACACCUGUAUCAUAUUUUGAACCUGUGAUCAUUUGCUAUAUCUUUCGAUAUUUUUGUAAAAAUGCUGAAACUAGUAGGUUUACUUUUCUGUAAAUAUUUUUUGGAUCUGAGAAAAGAUAGGCAACAUAAAACGCGUACUUUUAAAUUCGAUUUAUUGAUUUUCUAUCGUUCAACUAGUUUACUUUUGAUUUCCCCUAUCUUUUCUUGGCAAAUUGUAUAUUUAAUAUCGCAAAAUAACUUAAUAUCUCCGACUGUGUACUGUUUGUGAUUGUUCGUGCGUGAGAGAAUGCAAUUUGGUUAGAGAAGGGUUCGAAUUAGUGCAAACAGCAUUGAUGAAUAGCGUGACAAAAGUUUCGUUUGUGCAUCUAAAUCUAGCUUUAAGUUUUUAUAGGUUUAUAUUAGGUAUGUAAAUGUUUUGCAAAACAAAAGAAAAAAAAACUGAGAACAGUGGAAAGACAAUGUGGUACAUAAAUAUAACAUUACAAGCCCCAAAGCAGACACCGGAAAAAUAUAAUACAUUUCGUUAAUUUUAACGACUGCCAUUUUAUGCAUAGUGAAAACUAUUUAGCUCGUCCCCAAAUGGGGCUUACGUCAGAGUUACAGCAACAAAAGUUAAACUGCGAUAAAACGAAUUUACGUGUUUGUACAUAUUAUAACAUUUUUACGAUUGUAAUAAGUGCACGGAGAAAUGUUUAAAAAUGUGUAUUUUCACCGUUCGUGAAACAAAAUUAUUCUGACAUCAAUCUUACCUUUGGCAUCCACACAUUAUCGUACUGCCAAAUGUAUAGCCCUUAGUUGGCCCAUCUAUCGGAAAAUUUUCUAAACAAAACCAGAGAAACACUAUCAGUGUCUGGUGUGGCAAACCGUUCUAUUCUGUCACCCCACUUUGCGGCACUGUUCUGCGCCUGGGUGGCAGAAUGAAACGAACGUUCGCCCCCCUGUUCAUCUGGUCAAUACUGUUUGUUAUAUUUUCUAUUUCAAUCGACCAAUAACAAGUGUAAGAUUCAUCUGUGAUUAUUAAUACCGUGAUGCACAUCCCCAGCUAGUGAGCCGUUCUACGAAAACUUAGAAUUGAACGUGGGCAUUAAAAUCAAUUUCAGAGAGUUAAAUAGUCCAAUUUGCCUCCUUUUUUAGAGUCGAAAUUUUCGAUCAAAACUAACUUUUAACGUUAGCAACAAUAAACUUAACUUUUACUAAAAAUUGUAUCGAUCCCAAGAUAUCGAUUUUUGUCCGUGGGUUUUCGCCUAAUGCCAGAGUGCAGAGCAAAAGCAAAGCAUCGCUUUACUUUAGAAAGUGGCGUUUUAUAAUGAUCGUGGCAACGUCGCAGCCUCGCCAGCAAGCAGCGUGAAGCCGCUUUGAUUCGUGCGCGUGAGGUUGUCGGUUGUGAUCGUUUGGAGGCGAAAGUGGCAAAUUUUUGACACAUCUUUCAUUUUUACCGACGCUCGCGCUUUGCAGCACUUUUCCAACGAGCUUCUUCAGCACGAUGAAACGAUGAUUUUCCACAUUGUUUUAUAAUGCUUUGUAUGGUUGGUAGUUCCGCUAUUUGAAGUACCUCUAAGUUUUCGCAGAAAUGAUUCCAAUUUUUGUUUUUGCAAAUGGCUGGUCGCGGUGUGCUUUUAAUUGUUUGUUUGAUAGAAAUUUUCUGCUGCUACAUGGGAGAUAGCGAAAACGAGUUUAGCUGUGAUUUUUUCGAGGUAAAUUGUGUUAAGAUGGUAAACAUCCUGCAAACAUUGAAGAGCUAGAUUUUCUAUAGUUGUAUACGUUAGGGAAUCAUUAUUUCUCUCAACAUGGACUGAAAUGUAGCGAACCGAGGGGUGCAACGUAGGUAAUAGGGAUUAUAGAUUUGAGAGACUAUUUAGAAGAAAAGUUUACGAGCGAAAAACACGGUGUGACUAUUUUCCGGUACCUGGGCUAUUUACGUGUGAACGUGGUUUAGCUGCUAAAUCUCUGCAAACUGUGAUCCAAACGCAGAGUAAAAACAUACUAAAAUCGUGAUAUAUGGAAGUCAUACUUAUUAGUUUAAGAUCUUUUUGUGAUCCAUACUAGCAGAAUGAGACGUUCAAGGUUUAAAUAUACAACUGCUGUAAUUGAGUUGUAUUGAGUCAAACGUGUUAAUUUAACAACGCCAACAACAACCACCACCACCACAAAUCAUUAUAAGUAGUAGAACGUGUGCAAAUGAUUGAUAACAACAAGAGCAUCCCUGAAAAGUCUGAAAAUGUUUAAUUUUUAUGCUCUUUUCAGUAGAAACGAACAUGUAUACAUCAGACGAGCAGAUAAAAUUUGUUGUGAUUAAUAAAAUAAUUGAUUAGUUGAAAAUUCAUGACCCAACCAACGCAAUUAUGAAUAUACUUGAAUGUGAUAAUAUAUUUUUGUCUUCGAUUAAAACAAUAUUUGCUGAUAAUUUAAACAGAAUUGUGCUAAACGGGAAACUCAAAUCAUGAAACUAGUACAAUAAUAUCAGCGAAUCAAUUAAUCUUAUUAUUCUAAAAUAAAACAUGUUUUAAAACUCUUUUUAUUCAAAGAAAAACAAAAAUCUAUUACUAAACUGCCAAGCCAAUCAUGUAUUUUGAUGCAGUGGAUCAUAACGCUAAGAACCAUAACUUAUAUAAAAAACAGUUCCACCUUCAUUUGGAAAAUAUUACUAUCACAUUCAUCGAUAUUUAGUCGGUCAUAAUUUUUGGGUCGACGAGAGAAACCAAAGCGGUGAAGUGAAGUGACUAAAAUGGAUUGCACCCGCAGCGUGGAGGAGUUUUCUGUUUGCAGCUAACUUUGGUAACGACCAAGACCACACAAAAAAGGAUGUAGUGAAGGACUUUAAAAAAGUUUUUUUUAAACAAAAAUCUGCAAGUGUCAUUGUUUCCAGGUUUAAGACCAUCAUUGACCGGUCAUAAGCGUUUGAAGCUUAGAAAUGAAACAUCUUGCAGUUUUUCCAUCAUUUACUGGUUCCUAUGUCGCCUAUCUUUUCCUUUCUCAAGUACUAUCGCUGGAAGUAAAUCCGGUUUUUUCCUUCUUCAGGAAACGGUAUUGCGAAGGCCGAUGUCCCUCUUGCAUCGUAGUGCAUCUGAAUAUUUUUUAGCAGUGUAGUUUUAGAUACACAGUCAUAUCAUGUCUCUUGUCAUCGCUACGACACAACCUACUUUUGUUAGUCUAUCCAACUUCGCAUUUUUUGUUUGUUUGUUAUUUAUGUGCGUAUGUGCUAGUCAAGCUAGGUUUAUAGUUCCUAAAAUGCCUUCGCGGUGCUGAUUCAAACCAGCAUCUUUUUCUACUGCAUUCUUUCUGCUCUCACUCUGGUCUGUUAGUAAAGUGAAAGACGAAUCAAGGAAACCUACCAGGCUGCCGGUGGCAAUUACAUUUAUCACACAGUGGCCAACGAGUUUGCUUUUCUGAUUAAACGAACAUUUAAUAUUCACAAUCCAAAACAUCCCGGGGAAAUUGGGUACAAUAAUGUUGGAACGUCUGAAAAUAUUGUUUUAAAUAUUUUUUAUCAAACACAUAUUGUCGGAUAAACUAGUUGUAAAAACAACCGCAAAGCAAAGCUUUUAUAAUAUUUAUAUACCGAAGUAAAAUCAUAGAAAGUUGAAUUACCUUCCAUAAAAACGUAAAAGAGUAAAGAAAUCUUAGCAAACAAAAUCAAAAACUAUUUGAGAAAACCGAUUGACCACCACCUAGAGAUUGUGUAUAUUGAAGGGAUGAAAGUGCAGCAAAACAUAAGACUAAGAAAACGUACAAAUUACCUAGUAACUCGUUUUUAUAUAGAACAACAUAUAUAAGCAGAGAGGUACUGAGAGAAAACCAAUAUGGAUAAAUAUUAUGAAAGUUUAAGCAAAAACAACCACAAUAACAUCAAAAGAAAGCAUUUAAGUACCUACAUUUCAUGUUGAUAGUUGUCUAGUUAUGCUAGUAAAUCCGUUAUUAGAGAUUGGUUUGGCUCGCUCGUUGUGAAACGGGAGGAGCGUUGAAAUUUUCCAAAUUCAAGUUACCAGAACUUUAAACUUAGAGUGUUUGAGAAUCCUGUUUUUUUAUUUUUAGCAUUAGUUUUUCGACCCUUUUAACCUUUGGCAAAAUCCUAUAAUCAGACCGUCCUGUUUACGCAAGCAAGAGGGUCUCGAAAUUCAGACGUUGGAUCAUUGAGUAUAACUAGUACACAUACAUAGAUACGAGCAAACUACAACAACAAUUCAAUGUGGAAUGUGUAACGGUGAGGGCCUAGUUAGAGGUUAGGAUUUCUCAAUAUGGAACCCACAAAUGAAGGGGCGUGUUUUGGAUUAGGAAUAGUCUAUUUUUUUUGUUCAAAUGUGCCUAAAGGUCAAGCAAGAAGGUGUAAGACGCUAGACAGCAGCAUUUGUUUUUCUCCUAGUAUAUAUAGUUUUCAGAUUUUCCGCGUUUAAUCAGGUAACAGAACAUGAAAACAAAAGAGCACACAAAUUGGUCGUGUCAUUGAGUUGAGAGAGAGAGAGAAGAGGGCAGAAAACAACAAUAGACUCUGAAUGUACAAAUUUUACGCUAUUUUAAAGAACCUUAGAAAUGGAAACAUGAUUCUCAUCAAAAUUAAGGGAAUACAAACAUAUUGACAUGAAACUGAAUACUAAUUAAGAAAAACUAUGAACAACUGUGAUCUAUUGGAAAAGAACACGAAUAUUUAUAUUUGCAAACGAGCGACAAAUACCAACACGAAAAAGAGUAAACCAUUGCUAUUGGUUUUUUAAAAUUAUUUUACUAAGCAACAACAAAUAUGAUGCAGUCAAGAACAGCUAAACACAAUAUAUACACAAUCUGUGAACACGUAACAUUUAAGGGAGAUGCAAGAAGAACACAUGUAAAUAUUAUAAAUAUCGAAAAAAUGUUAUAUAUGUAUAGAGAUGUAAAAAUGACUCACAAAUACAAUCUCGCCACCGUGAACGGGCUCCCAUUUUUGAACUGUGCAAAGUGUGUGAUUUUCCACGAGCGUGUAUGUGUGCUUGUGCGUAUAUAUACUUAUCAAGCGUGAGUAGUGCAACACUGUCCCGUACUGUUUGUCCACGUUUUCGCUGGACCGAAGGGACAACACCGGUCUUCGUUUGUAGAAGAACAGAUGAACUUCGUUCGCGUACUAGUUUUUAAUGGCCAGCAAUUCGAACUCUUUUUUUUUUUGCACAGUUCAACAUGAGCGUUUACCCUUCGCGGUAGUGGUGCGUGCAAAAGAGCAGAUGACAGCGAACGAUAAAUAAAACAAUAAUGGAAAAUGCAGUAUUUUUUUGUAAUAAAAUAAAACAAAACAACGUGAAAAUAAAAAAAGAACUGAAAAUUGUACAAAAAAGAGAAACGUUUUAUAAGAAAACCGCAUGAGGAAAAAGAAAUAAAAUUAUCAAAAAAGUUGUUGAAGCAUUUAUAUACGUAAUGUAAAUUUAUAACAACUAUAGUUUUUAUUAUUUAAAACUACUCGUUCAGAUGAAGGCAAAAUGUGCACCAGAUGCACAAUUUCUAUUGUAAAAUAUAUGCAAUACAAUGGUAAACUGUACGAGAAACCCAAACGAAGUAUGCGAAAGAAAAAAACUGUGUAUAUGUAUAAUGUAAAUUCAAGCGGACAAGGGGCUGUUGUAGAUUGUUUCAUUAUUAUUUCUUAUUUAUUCUCUUGAUUUUGAAUGAAACCAAAUUGCUGUAUGGAAACCAUAAUUGUAAAUGCAAAACGACUCUUCGUGGCAACAGACAGAGCGCGAAAACAUAAAGAAAACGUAGCGAAAUGGAGAAGCCCCAUAUUGGCGGUGUUGGCUCGUUCAUGCUAAUGCACAUCCAAAAUCCGUACUCGAUGCGCUUUUGCUCAUUUUCCUCUCGCGUAACAACAGCUGCUGUAGAAGUGUUUGUUUCGCGCAAUCAAUUUGCGCGAAUAAAAGGCCAACGCAUUAGCAUGGAGGAGAAAACACCUCCGCCGGUAGGUAAAACAAUGGUAACUGUAUACCUACGUUGAAUUGAAACGAGCUAUCAUUCAUCCGAUCGUAGAAGUACACCCUUAAGCAACCAUCUCCGUUAGUAACAAAGGAAUAUAUAAAUUUUACAGAUAGAGUAACACGAAUAACAACUGGCAAGUAUUUAGUAUCCGAUACUCUAUUGUUUAGAUGUGAUCUAUACUGUCCGUGAAGGUAAACGAAGUUUAAAACAUUAAUUCAAGAAAGUUUUGCAAAUGGUAACACACUUUUUAAAUGAGAUCAGUAGACGCAAAAAAAACAAAUAUUAUUUUCAUAACACAUUGGCAUAAAGCAGCCGUUUUUUGUAAAGAAACCCAAAAAGAAAAAUUUUACAAUCCGUACUUUAAAUGUUUCCUAAUCAGCAGAGCGUGUGUUAAGCAUUGAAAUCGUAUAUACUGAAAACAUUUAAAUAUUAUCUGACACCGUUUCAAAUAGUUGCAAAUAAUGAAUAAAUCCCAUUGAAAUUAGUUUUCCGGAAACAGUUUGCUUACAACAGAUGUAAAUAAAAAACACAUAAUUGAAACUAUAAUAUUCCAAAUUCAGUAGAAUUUUAAUGCAUCAGCACAGAAAACAUCCUUUUCCGUAGUUCCAUCCUUGCUAAAACUUGUCCAAAAACCUAUCGAUUGCAGUAAAAAAAUCUACACAGUGUGAAUAUAAGUUCGGUUCCUUCGAGUUUGGUUUAUUUUACCUUCUCCCAACUUUAUUUCGCAAUUUGUAAACGAAAAAGCAAAACAAAUCAAGAAACGAUACUGGACGCUUUUACUUUUUGAACCUUUUCGAGCUACACUCGAGAAAGCUGCUAAAAAGUGAACAAGCGUAAUCUACCAUCCCGCGCCCCGUACUCCUACUGUGAAGGUUGAUAUCAAAAGGAGGCAACAAAUCCUCCCCGACGAGAGAGGAUCGCUUUGUAUCAACACUCAAAUUUGUGUACUGUCGACAAAACUUUUCCAAACUAGGGUACCCAGAAUCCAUAAAAAAUAACUUAUCAAUCAAGAUGAAGAAGAAGUAAACAUAAGCGAAAGAGGAUUCCUCUGUCAAAGGAGGAGAAACUGUACUGUAGGCAUUAAUAAUGAAAAUAAAUUCUCUCCUAACAUGAUGAAAUCGUUAGUCUAUAUGGCAAAAUUGAAAAAAAAAAACAUAUGUAACUUGUUCUGUAAGUGUAUUUGGAACUUUUCGAAUAACAUAGUAACAGUGCGCCCCCGGCCGGCACUGGUCGGCGCUGUCGUCCUUUCGUCGCCGGCCAGUCGGCCCACCGAGGGGAAGAACGAGUAACAAAAACUACAUCCACCACAUUCAUACAUUGUAACACCCUACCAUAUACCGACACUCUCAUUAUGUAGGUACGAUUGAACCGCCAUCAUGAUGUUUACUCGUUAUGAUCGUUUAUUUAGAUACGACACCACACAUACAAGCAACAUUCAGCAACGAGCUGAGAAGCAUAUUUCUGAUCACCUUUUUUCCCUUUUUGUUUUAGAUUUGUGUUACAGUAAAAACAUUCAUUUCUAAAAAGAACCACAUCUUUUCUACAAUCAUACGAAAAGAUAAACUAAAUUAUAAGGUUUGCAACAAGUGAAAAUAGAUUUUUAAUUUUCUUCAUUUUUAUUAGGCUUAGUUUUUAAUGGUAACAAUAAAUAAAAAACUGCAUACUGAAUAUACUAUACAUAAUAAAUACGUGAAUAUAUGAAUGAUAUAAAAUUACAAUUAAUUGUACAGAGAUUAUUGAUAAAAAAAAGAUGAAAAACAUUUGAAAAUAAUUAAAAGUAUAUAUAUUGAUAGUAAUAA